CAGCUUCCAGCGGAGCGGAAGUGGUCGACUCUCUCAUUCAUGUCAACAAUGGCGUCGCAGCAGCAUAUGGUCACUAAUGCACAGAUGGGCGCUCAGCAAGCGGCUGUUUUACAGCAACAACAACAACAACAGCAGCAGCAGCUCAGUCAACAACAAGAUUUCGAUCCCGUUCACAGAUUCAAAAUGCUGAUUCCUCUGCUGAAAGAUAGUUUACAGAACGUCAUGACCAUUGCUUCACUGAAUUUUGGACAGAAUGCAGCUAUUGACAACGGAAGAACAACAGAGAAGGGUAAUGAUGCAGCAGUUCAGCGGUUUGACAAAAGUUUAGAGGAGUUUUAUGCUCUCUGUGAUCAACUGGAGCUCUGCCUGCGUCUGGCCCACGAGUGCCUCUCACAGAGCAUCGACAGCACAAAGCAUUCUCCAAAUCUCGUACCUACAGCCACGAAGCCGGACACAGUGCAAACAGAGUCUCUGUCUUACUCUCAGUAUCUCAGUAUGAUCAAAUCACAGAUCUCAUGUGCUAAAGACAUUCAUAAUGCUCUCUUAGAGUGCUCGAAGAAGAUCGCUGGGAAGGGACAAGGAUCUUGUAAUUAGUUGCUGCCAGCUGGAUUGAGUUUGCUUUUUUAUUUUUAUAUUGCGUAGCUUUGAUGCUGAUUAAAGAAUAUCAUUUUUUGUA